UUUCGCUGCACCUGCACGAUGGUAGAUUCCAACUGCUUUGCGCAGUCAUGCCGGCAGAGAUCCCCCAAACGUGCAACCCGCAGCAAACCGGCAGCCACUAUUCAUAAACUAUCACCCGGGGCUCUCGCACCAUCGAGCGCGGCCGAAGGCAGCGACCGGCUCGAGGCGGUGGCCCGAGAGCCCCCGUGGAGAUGCCUGGCCGGCUCUCCCGCCAGAAAUAGGAAACAAAAACGCCAUAACCAUUAAUUCCGCUCAAACUUUAUGCUUCUGGCGUUCUUCCUUCUUCGAUCUCCUGCCGACGGGCGCCUCAUGGCAGAUGCAUGCCGGCCCAGCUCCGCUCCCUCGCGCGGCGGCUCCCCGAGGGGAAGAACACACCAGCCGCGGCAGGCCUUGGGGCUCUCCCGUGGGCGCCUCGCUGCGGAAGGCGGCGCCUGGGCGGCGCCGACGCCGCGCCCCCGCAGUCGGAGGGAUGCACUUCGGCGCCCCGGAGGUCCCGCGGAGGAAUAGAGGAAGCAACAGUUCCAAUGCCGACGGAUCCGAGGAGUGAGCACGACAUCGAUCGCUCUCAAACUCUGCCCACGCAGAGCGAACAGAACGUAGCGUUCACGGAAAUAGUGUGUACAGAGCCCACAGACUCCAAGCUGAAUUGACAGCGCGGUGCGAACCUGAGGCGAGCUGGUUGACGUCUCUACGCAUCGAGCAAAAACUUGCGCCUGCGGGCCGAUCGGUUACUGUAUAUACUAGGCUCGCUGGGCCAAAUUGACGGGUAAGGCGCACCCUGCUUACCCCGUGAGGAGAGCCACAGCACAUUGAGCCACUGACGCCUCCUCUGUGCGCGUGGAGCGCGAUAUAGUGAUAUAGUUACACAAGCAAGGCCAUCGCUCACUGCAGCUCGGUUGGCACGUCGACCUUCGGCGUGGUCCCUGUCUUGACCAACGCCAAUAUGCGCUCGCCGGGUGUCAUCGCAUUCCAAGCUGCAUCCGUCAGCUCGCCGAGGAUUUCCGCGCGGCGCCUCGGCGUCGGCCUCAGCGGCGCUGCCGCGACUGCCCCUCCACGGGGGGGCCGCCGUGGGGGGCGCAGCCUGGGCCUGCCACGCCGGAGAGCCCCGGCCUGGCAGCGGGG